AUUCUCCUGACAAACAAAAAUAAACAAAAUUGAUCCAAAUUUAGCUUCAUUCUUCAUUUCAAUCAAAGUUCUGUGUGUAUAUGCACACAUGUAGUUAACAUAGUUGACGACACUGUACAAUUCUCUGUAUGUACAUAUUGAAAGGCUUGAUCUUAUGCAGCCUGAUUUGUAGAAACAGUUAAGGUUUGUAUUCUGGAUCUGACUUGUAUUAAUUUUGGCUGGUUCUUUGAGGAUUAACUGAAAACGAGCGUUUUUUGUACUGAUUGGGUUUGUAUUUUAGUGUAUAGAGUGGGGUAGUUAGUUGAGCUAGGGUUAGAAUCAUGGCGUUGGGACCCGGGAAUGGGGAUCAUGUGGAGUCAUUUUGCAACUCAAUACAAGUAAUCAAGAAGGUGUUAUCUCCAAUUGAGUCGAGUAUAAGGAAAGUUGCAAAGGAUUUUGAGCAGAAAUGGCCUGGAUUCAAGGUUGGAGAAGUUGAUGAUAGCACAAGUGUGAAGAGAAAUUGUAAGAGUAUGGGUGGUUCUGGUGAGAAAAAGAAGAGAUUUGCAGUGAAGGUGCCAAAUGAUGUGUUUGUAGGGACAUUUUGGGGCUGGAAAGGGUUGAAAGAGAAAAAAAGUGGAGGAGAUUGUAAGAAAGGUGAUGGGGAUUGGUCUUUGUUGAUGAAUAAGAUUGGGAAAAAGCUGGUUCAGAAGAUGAUUACUGAUGAUGUUUGUCCCAGUGAGAAUUCUGUGAAGGCAAGGAUUGUACAUGAAGUUAGGAAACAGGAAUUAAAUGAUGGAGCUGUUAUGGUAUCUUCUGAUGAAAGAUUGGGUCGAAAACAAGGGAAAAAUUUAUCAAUUGAGUUGUUUAUGGGGUUUUUGUUUGAUCAGCUAGCUCAGAAUCAUAAAAAACAUGACUCUUGUGGUUUUGAGAAGGGAUGUAGUCAUGCUGCCCUUGAGGAUCCAGUUUCUCCUGCUGUAAAUCAAUUCGAUCAUUUGAAGGCGCUUACUAGUGUUUUCGAGGGCAAGAGAGCUGAUGCAAACAGGUUUUUAGGGAACUUGAAGUUUGCAAGAGUGGGCAGUGUUCCAUCGAGUGCCGAUGGAGUCUGUUCUCCUGUAACUGAAGACAGAGACAAUGCAGUCAAUAGCUCUAGUCCUCUUGAAAAUAGUGUGGGCAAUUCGCCACAAAGAUUGGCCAAUGGGUUGCUUAGUAUUCCCUUGUCAAAUAUUGAGCAGUUGAGAUCAACUCUUUCCACUGUUUCAUUGUCUGAACUAGUCGAGCUCUUGCCUCAGUUAGGCCGACCUUCUCAGGACCAUCCCGACAAGAAGAAAUUAUUUUCCGUUCAGGAUUUUUACAGAUACACAGAAGCCGAAGGAAGGCGGUUCUUUCGGGAGUUGGAUAGAGAUUGUGAUGGCCAAGUCACUUUGGAAGAUCUUGAAGUUGCCUUGAAUGACAGGAAACUUCCUAAGCAAUAUGCUCAUGAAUUUAUGCGCCAUACAAGAAGUCACUUGUUUUCAAAAUCUUUUGGUUGGAAACAGUUUCUGUCUUUAAUGGAACAGAAGGAGCCAACCAUUUUGCGGGCUUAUACUAGUCUUUGCUUGAGUAAGUCGGGGAUGCUACAGAAAAGUGAGAUAUUAGCCUCAUUGAGAAAUUCUGGGGUUCCAGCAAAUGAAGACAAUGCUGUUGCCAUGAUGCACUUUCUAAAUGCAGAUAGAGAGGAGUCCAUCUCCUAUGGACAUUUCCGGAAUUUUAUGGCCUUGUUACCAUCAGACAGAUUACAACAAGACCCUCGAAGCGUCCAGUCUGAGCCUGCAACUGAAGUUUCUGUUGCACCACCUAAAGAGAUGCCCGCUGAAAAUGUUCUGAAAUCAGCAUUGGCGGGAGGUAUUUCUUGUGCACUGUCCACGGCAUUAAUGCAUCCUAUUGAUACUGUUAAGACGAGAGUACAAGCAUCUAUGCUUACCUUCCCACAAAUCAUGUCCAAGCUCCCGGAAUUUGGAUGGAGAGGGUUAUACAAAGGAUCUACUCCAGCAAUUCUAGGACAAUUUUUUGGCCAUGGCUUGCGGACUGGAAUUUUUGAAGCAAGCAAGCUUCUGAUGAUAAAUAUUGCUCCCACCCUUCCAAAUAUGCAAGUUCAAUCCACGGUGUCAUUCUGCAGCGCUAUACUUGGGACAGUAGUCCGAGUGCCAUCCGAAGUGUUGAAGCAAAGAUUGCAGGCUGGUCUGUUUGACAAUGCAGGGGAAGCAUUUAUCGGUACUUGGAAGCAAGACGGUCUCAAGGGUUUCUUCCGGGGGACCGGAGCUACUCUCUUCCGUGAGGUUCCAUUUUAUGUUGCGGGCAUGGGCCUCUAUGCUGAAUCUAAAAAGGCAGUUCAACGGCUUUUAGGGCGAGAGCUGGAACCGUGGGAAACAGUGGUUGUCGGGGCUGUAUCUGGAGGUCUGACCGCUGUUCUGACAACACCGUUCGACGUGAUCAAGACCAGAAUGAUGACUGCUCCCCAAGGCAAGGCGGUCUCGAUGUCAAUGGUAGCGUUUUCUAUAGUGCGUAACGAGGGCCCCCUCGUGCUGUUUAAAGGAGCAGUUCCCCGGUUUUUCUGGGUCGCCCCUCUCGGUGCAAUGAACUUCGCUGGCUACGAGCUUCUCAGAAAAGCUAUGGGCUAAAACGAGGUAAAACUCGCUCGAUUCAUCCAUGUUAACUUGGCUCUGUCAAAAUCUCUACUUCUCUGGUAAAAAGUAAAAGCUAUGAUGUUUUGAGCAUAGCAAUUUGUUGUAAAAACUGUAAAUUGCCAUUGAUGCACAUACAGAAUCAAAAUUACUGCAACAGAAAUGGUGUGUAUGUUCCCAUAGAGAAAGGUCAGAGGUAUUUGUGUGAAAAGUUGGUUGAAUGACUUUGUUAAAAGUUUUAACACUUUAAUUAAGUUAGAUGCAUCAUUGGCUAUUGGUUAAUGA